AUGGCGGCAUGGGCCUGGCGGCUCUUCGUGGUGCUCCGGGCGAACACAGAGAGCUUGCCCGACACGGAGCGCCGGGCCGAAGAGCAGAAGGUGCUGCAAGAGAUCUUUCCGGAUGGCCAUGACUUCUGCGAGGAUGAUCGCAUCACUUGCCAGGAUGGCCACGUCACCGAAAUCCGCGCUGACAACGAGGGCGGGGAGGUCCAGCUGCGGGAGACGUUGCCGGAGGCCAUUGGAGAGAUGAGAUAUUUGACGCGUUUGUGGUUUCAAAACAACAACCUCAGCUCAUUGCCGGAGUCCUUGGGCAACCUACACAAUCUGCAGUUUCUGGAUUUGAGCAACAACUCACUGCACUCACUGCCUGAGUCGCUGGGCAACUUUCAGAAAUUGCAGGAGCUCUUCUUGAGCUACAACCACUUCAACUCGUUGCCCGAGUUUGUGGGCAACUUGCAAAGCUUGCAGCGGCUUUAUGUGAGCAGCAACCAACUAAGCUCUGUACCCGAAUCUCUGGGCAACUUGCAGCGAUUGAGGAAGCUCGGUUUGAGCAACAAUGCCUUGAGUUCGCUGCCCGAGUUUCUGGGCAACUUGCACACGCUGUGGGGACUUUAUGCAAGCCACAACAACAUCCAUUCAUGGCCGGAGUCUUUUGGCAAGCUAAAGGGCUUGAAGCGAUUGGAUCUGAGAAGCAACGCCUUGAGCACUUUGCCAGAGUCCUUUGGCGAACUGCAGAGAUUAUUGGGGUUGGAUUUGGGCAACAACCAGCUCAGCUCUUCGCCGGAGUCUUUUGGCAACUUGAGUCAUUUGCUGAAACUCACCUUGAGCCACAACCCCUUGAGUUCUUUGCCGGCGUUGGUGGGAAACUUGAAGAACUUGGGGGAGCUGAGUCUGAUCAACUGCACUUUGCGCGCGCUGCCGGAGUCCUUGGGCAACUUGCAGAGUUUGUUGCGGCUGGAUCUGAGAGCAAAUGCCUCGGGCUCUUUACCAGACUCCUUGGGCCACUUGCAGAUGUUGCUGGGGCUGGAUUUGAGCAACAACGUCUUGAACUCGCUACCGGAGUACGUGGGCAGCUUGAAGAACUUGCGGCAUCUUGAGUUGCAAAACAACCAUCUGAGCUCAGUGCCAUUCUCGUUUGGCAACCUGAGCAGCUUAGAGAAGCUUGAUUUGUCCAACAACAAGUUGAGCGCGUUGCCGGGAUCAUUUCACAAGCUGACAAAUUUAAAGCAUCUCUAUUUGCAGCACAACAACCUGACAUCAUUCUUCAAUACCUCAGGGAAAAACCUUCAGCUGGAAGUCUUGCUGCUGAAUGACAACCAGUUGUCCAAUGACUUGUUAGCAUUUUGUGGGCUUAAGAAUGCGAGCACCCUGUAUUUACACCAGAACCGGCUGGGCGGCCAGAUUCCAGGAAUGAUUGCUGAGCUUAACUCCAUUCAAGUACUCACACUCCACCGGAAUUCAUUGACCGGAAAGAUUCCCUCGGAACUGGCCACGUUGCCCUCCUUGCAGCUGCUCACCUUGCACGAGAACCGCCUCACUGGAGAAAUUCCGCCCAGCUUCAGUGUCCGAAAUGCGUCGGCAUUGGUGUUUCUCUCGGCCUUUUCCAACGAUUUGACCGGCUCUGUUCCUGAAAUGACCUUGCGUGGAGGCUGCGUGGACGAUCAGUCCUUUCGCAUGGAAGCUGCAUGGAAGAAGCGGGAUGCCUCAGUCACCAGCACCAUUAGCUGUGCCAGGAAGGAUGAACUAGAUAAUUUUGAUCUGACCUCUGAGGAAAGGCAACAGAUCCAAGACGCAUGUCCAAAUGUGUAUGGACUUUGUGGCACAGCCCCCGCCAGAGGUCCAACACUCUUGUUGCAGAGCAAUCGUCUCUCGUGCCCUUUGCCAUCGCGCGUGGAGGAUCCCGAAGUUGAGUCCUCGAACUUCACACUUCGCUCCCUGGUCAUUGCGGGGAACAUGCUUGGCAACCAUUGGGUAGACCUGCCUGAGUGGGUGUCAGAGUCAGAAAGACAACCCUUCUUGUACAUCUCAUCCUCCAAAAUCUUAGGCGUCCCGGUCUCAGACAUGCAGAGGUUUUUACUCAGCUUCCUUGGUCUUCUGACCUUGUACGCUUUGGCCUUGAGAAAGAUGAAGUGGAGGGAGUGCGUCAAGGAUAUGCCCAAUCAGGAUGACCUCACACAGCUUUCGCACGCCUUCCUCAUUCGUAGUAUUUUGUUGAUGGGGCCUGCGGCACUGCUGCUUCUCCUUUGCUACACAUGGCACAGCUCUUAUUACCAGUGUGGUCACCAAUUCGCAAAGACUACCCUUGCCUACUUUGAUGGCAGCCGAUACGCGCAGUUUGCGCUUGCUUGUCUUUGGUUGGUUUGGGUGUUGGGAUGGCUUGACUUGAUACGACUGGUCCCAAAACCAACAGCCGAGGCGGUUGACCGGCUUGUCCGAGGUGGUAGCUUUUCCAAGGCAAUGUGGUGGUGUAUUUGGAUGAUCAUCGUAGUUGUUUUGUCUUCGCCAUCCUUGGGAUAUGCAUUUGUGCAAUCAUUGCCGAAACAAAACAGCUUGGGCUUGUCCAGCACCUAUGUCUCAAAAGCUAUCCAUUUUGGAGCUGCUUUGCUCAUGAUUCUAAUUGACUUACUGAUCACACCGAAAUUGGCCAUGUGGUUUUCCAAGCGUUCUCGAGUUCCUCGAUCUAUGCUGUUGAUGGCUGCCCGCACGGGCACCAUGUGGCUCAAUGCCACUCUUUGUGCAAUCUACAUGAAUGAGCACUGCGUGCGCGGAUGGACCACGUUUUGGCCCAUGUGCGAUCCAGAGUCAGAUCUCUAUCGCAACUUCAAGGUCAGCCUUGGACGCCAUCCCCUUUUAGAUCCCAUCAGAGACUUAUGUGCACGGAAUGACCGUUGGUGGACGACAGAUGCUUGCCCACGAUCCGUUGUGGAGACUCUGGCACCACUUUUUCUGGCCAAGUUGCUGCAGCGUGCAUUCGUGCAGCCGGUCUUGGUCCUGUGGCUCUGGAAACGCUCGGCGCAGAUCGAUGGCCAGCUUCACAUUUGUCCGUUGGCGUUCCUAGGCAUCAAAUGCCAGAUUCGCACCAGUCGGAGCUUGGAUCGUGCACAGCAAGCGACCUUGCUGGUGACCUUGGCCGAAGUGGCGAUCAUCUGGAGUCCACUGGUGCCGCUCUUGCUGCCGGCGGCGGCCAUGGCGGCGGCCACCAACCUACUUCUGUUCCAUCUUGGGCCCAGGGAGUUCCGGGCGACCGUCCCAAGCUUGGAAGCAGGAGAGACUGCCAGCAUGUCUCGGAAGUACAUGCAGGCCAGUGUUAGCAUGCUGCUGAUCUUUCAGAUGUGGUUUGCCCUCACUUCCGGAUUGUGUGGCACCUCAUUGCUUGCGCUUGCUGCCGUGGUCUUUCUGAGCGACACACUUCUCGGUCUCAGCUGGCACUGCUCUCGAUUGUGUGGCCGGGGUCGAGCCGGCGUAGCGUCCAGAGGCUCCGGAAGCUCAACUCUGGAAGAAGCUAUUGAGAUCAUGGAGCGGUGA